GGGGGCGCGGGAGGGAGCGGCGGAGCUCGCGCGCGCGCGAGAGCGGGGAGCGGAGCCGAACCGCCCGGCCCGACAACCCCCCCCUCCUCCGCCGGGGCGCUGCUGCCGCGCCCGCCCUGCCCGAGGGCUCACAGGCAGAUAUGGUCCUGAACAUCUUGAGCACGUGACUUCAAAGAUGGACAACUGGAUCUGUUAUAAAUUGUGAUUGGCCUUAAGCUGACUUAGAACCAUUGAAGAACUUAACAGGAUUUCUGUCAUUCCUGAUUUAUGCCUAUCUAAUUGCCUCACACCACCAGCUUAAUCAUGUAUGGAAGUGCUCGGUCAGUUGGUAAGGUUGAGCCAAGCAACCAGAGUCCAGGGCGUUCACCAAGGCUGCCACGGUCACCACGCUUGGGCCAUCGUCGAACCAACAGCACGGGAGGCAGUUCUGGGAGUAGUACUGGGGGUGGCAGUGGGAAAACCCUUUCUAUGGAAAAUAUUCAGUCCUUAAAUGCUGCCUAUGCUACGUCCGGCCCUAUGUAUCUAAGUGACCAUGAGAACGUGGGUGCAGACACCCCAAAAAGCACCAUGACUUUGGGCCGAUCUGGGGGGCGGCUGCCUUACGGUGUUAGGAUGACUGCAAUGGGUAGCAGCCCUAACAUUGCCAGUAGUGGAGUUGCCAGUGAUACUAUUGCAUUUGGAGAGCACCAUCUCCCUCCGGUGAGUAUGGCAUCCACUGUGCCUCACUCGCUGCGCCAGGCCAGGGAUAACACAAUAAUGGAUCUGCAGACACAACUCAAAGAAGUAUUAAGGGAAAAUGAUCUGCUUCGCAAGGAUGUGGAGGUGAAAGAAAGCAAGCUGAGUUCUUCCAUGAACAGUAUCAAGACCUUCUGGAGUCCUGAGCUGAAAAAGGAGAGAGCCCUGAGGAAAGAUGAAGCUUCAAAAAUCACUAUUUGGAAGGAACAAUACAGAGUUUUACAAGAAGAAAACCAGCAUAUGCAGAUGACUAUCCAGGCUCUCCAAGAUGAGCUUCGGAUCCAGCGGGACCUGAACCAACUGUUCCAGCAGGACAGCAGCACUAGAACCAGUGAGCCCUUUGUGGCAGAGCUGACAGAAGAAAACUUCCAACGACUUCAUGCAGAACACGAACGCCAGGCCAAGGAACUCUUCCUGCUGCGUAAAACCUUAGAAGAGAUGGAACUGCGUAUUGAGACGCAGAAACAGACCUUAAAUGCACGUGAUGAGUCCAUCAAAAAGCUGCUGGAGAUGCUGCAAAGUAAAGGUCUGUCAGCAAAAGCCACUGAGGAAGAUCAUGAGCGAACGCGACGGUUGGCUGAGGCAGAGAUGCACGUGCACCACCUGGAGAGCCUUCUCGAACAGAAGGAAAAAGAAAACAACAUGCUGAGAGAGGAGAUCCAUCGUCGAUUUGAAAAUGCUCCUGACACAGCCAAGACAAAGGCUCUGCAAACUGUUAUUGAGAUGAAGGAUUCAAAAAUUUCUUCCAUGGAGCGUGGCCUCCGGGAUUUGGAAGAGGAGAUUCAGAUGUUGAAGUCAAAUGGAGCUCUGAGCACAGAGGAACGUGAAGAGGAAAUGAAGCAAAUGGAGGUGUACCGUAGUCAUUCCAAAUUCAUGAAAAAUAAGGUAGAGCAACUGAAGGAAGAGCUAAGUGCCAAAGAGGCUCAAGGGGAGGACCUGAAAAAGAGAGUGGCUGGUCUCCAGGCCGAGAUUGGUCAGGUGAAACAAGAGCUGUCACGCAAAGACACUGAGUUGCUGGCCUUGCAGACAAAGCUGGAGACCCUCACAAAUCAGUUCUCUGAUAGCAAGCAGCAUAUUGAAGUUCUGAAAGAGUCUCUUACAGCUAAAGAGCAAAGAGCUGCCAUCCUGCAGACAGAGGUGGAUGCAUUACGAUUACGUCUGGAAGAGAAAGAGACUAUGCUAAAUAAGAAGACAAAGCAGAUUCAGGAGAUGGCAGAGGAGAAGGGGACACAAGCAGGAGAGAUCCAUGACCUCAAGGACAUGUUAGAGGUGAAGGAACGCAAAGUUAAUGUUCUUCAGAAGAAGAUUGAAAAUCUUCAAGAACAGUUAAGAGACAAGGAGAAGCAGAUGAGCAGCUUAAAGGAUCGAGUAAAAUCCUUGCAGGCUGACACCACAAAUACUGACACUGCCUUGACCACGCUGGAAGAAGCACUGGCAGAAAAAGAAAGGACCAUUGAGCGCCUAAAGGAGCAACGUGACAGAGAUGAACGAGAAAAACAGGAAGAGAUCGACAACUACAAAAAAGACAUUAAGGACCUGAAAGAGAAAGUCAGCAUUUUACAAGGAGAUCUCACAGAGAAAGAGUCAUCCUUACUGGAUCUGAAGGAACAUGCUUCAUCCUUAGCUUCAUCAGGACUGAAGAAAGAUUCAAGACUCAAGACACUGGAGAUUGCAUUGGAACAGAAAAAGGAAGAAUGUUUGAAAAUGGAAAGUCAAUUGAAGAAGGCUCAUGAAGCAACACUGGAGGCUAGGGCCAGCCCAGAGCUGAGUGAUCGUAUGCAGCAACUGGAAAGGGAGGUAACACGGUAUCGGGAAGAAUCUAGCAAGGCUCAAGCAGAAGUGGAUCGUCUUCUGGAAAUCUUGAAAGAGAUGGAAAAUGAGAAGAAUGAUAAGGAUAAGAAGAUAGCAGAACUGGAGAGCCUCACCUCAAGGCAAGUUAAAGAUCAAAAUAAGAAAGUAGCCAAUCUGAAGCACAAAGAGCAAGUGGAGAAAAAGAAGAGUGCACAGAUGCUGGAGGAGGCCAGGAGACGAGAGGAUAACCUUAAUGACAGCUCCCAACAGCUUCAGGACAAUCUACGUAAAAAGGAUGAUCGGAUUGAAGAAUUGGAAGAGGCACUCAGAGAAAGUGUUCAGAUAACUGCAGAGCGGGAAAUGGUGCUAGCACAAGAGGAGUCAGCCAGGAUCAAUGCUGAGAAACAGCUGUUUAAUGAAUCAGUGCAUGAGGUCAACCAUUUUGGCUUUAAGUGGUCCAAGGUAGAAGAGCUGAUGAUGGCCAUGGAGAAGGUUAAGCAGGAGCUGGAGUCAAUGAAAGCAAAAUUGUCCUCUACACAGCAGUCUCUGGCUGAGAAGGAAACCCAUCUGACCAACCUACGAGCUGAAAGAAGGAAGCAUUUGGAGGAGGUCCUGGAAAUGAAACAAGAAGCUCUUCUUGCUGCCAUUAGUGAAAAAGAUGCCAAUAUUGCUCUGCUAGAACUUUCAUCCUCUAAGAAGAAGACCCAAGAUGAAGUGGCUGCUCUAAAACGAGAGAAAGACCGUCUUGUGCAACAGCUCAAGCAACAGACUCAGAACCGUAUGAAGCUGAUGGCUGACAACUAUGAGGAUGACCACCUCAAAUCCUCAUCCCAUUCCAACCAAACCAACCACAAGCCCUCCCCUGACCAGAUAAUCCAGCCCCUCUUAGAACUUGAUCAGAAUCGCAGCAAGUUGAAGUUGUACAUUGGACAUCUGACAGCCCUCUGCCAUGACCGUGACCCCCUGAUUCUGCGUGGACUCACCCCACCUGCUUCCUACCACCUGGAUGAUGACCGGGCAGCCUGGGAGAAAGAGCUGCAGAAGAUGACCCAGGAGCAGCUUCAUGACGAGUUAGAGAAGGGCGAGAAGGAAAGUGCAGAGCUGCAGGAGUUUGCCAACGCCAUCUUACAGCAGAUAGCAGAUCACUGCCCUGACAUCCUGGAGCAAGUCGUCAAUGCACUUGAGGAGUCGUCAUGACCUUGGCCAUUAGCCCCACCGGAGCAGCACACCAGUGGCCAAGCCCAGUCAGUCCAAGGAGCCAUGAGAGUGGAGAGGAGUAUGAAAGACAGAAAAUGGAAUAGAAACUUUUGGUGCACCUUUUACAAAGAAAACAAAAGCAAAAAAGCCCUCUGAACACUACAUGCUCUCUAGGUUCUUUCAGUCUAUGAUUAAUCAGUCAUGUUUGCAUUCAUCUUCUCACUGACUUUCUGCUUUAGAAUCUGAUUCUCCAUUGACUUUGUUGAUGGUGACUUUUGGAUGCAGCUUAGCAGAGCUCUUCCGAGUCUGCUGAGCAAGGAAGAGGGGAUCCACUGAACACAAGCAGCUCUAGUUCUCCGUGAGGUUGCAGAAGGGUAGCCUUUGCCUUUCAUUCAUUUAUUGCUUUUUUUUCUUUCUUUAUUUUUUCCUUUUUUUUUUUUUUUUUUUUUUUUUUCAUAAAAGCUGAAAGCCUGGAUUUCAUAGUGCUAAAACCAAACUUGGGUGUGCUCUGAUAAUGGCUCAUGACUGGCCAGCAUCAGCUAGCUAGCUCAGGUCUCACUGCCUGUCUCAGUGUUUCUUAUGUUCUUAAAUAACAGAGAGAGGAGAGGAAAGGAAAGUUUCCCUAUCUGUUCCUGUUAGUCACUUCAUCAAGAAGCUGGGAAACAAGGUAGGCAUACUGGUACUUUCUGUUUACUUAACUUUGAUUUUUAUUGUUCACUGAUCUGACUCUGAAGUGCUGAGUGGGGCAUUUCUUCAGGUAACUGUUUCAUCUGUUGAUUUCUUGGGGUUUUUAGAUGAGGUUUCUCUGUGUCUCCUAAGUUCUUUUUUUUAUAGAGAGCUCUCUCCCUUCAAGCAGGUGUGGUCAACAGGUCAGGUCCCAAAUUUAACUUGUACAGUUUGUUCAUUGCCAGUUUUUCAGGCCAUAGCUUUGUGAACACUAGCUGCCAUCAGAAUAGUCUUAGGCAUUUUGUAAAUGUUAAAAGUAUAAUUUUAAAGCUACCUUUGGUAAAUCAGUAACAUAGUUCUUACUAUAAUUAUAAUUUAAUUUAUUUCACUUUAGCCGAGGUUGAUGAGGAAUGUUCAGAGCAAUAACCCAUUCUUAUAAAGAGGAGCAUCUCUGCUGAAGUUGGCACCCAGCUGAGUAGAAAGUUAUAAAAUCACAGCUUUAGUUAAACCAGUGUAAUUCUUAUAUGUAUGUGAGAGACCUUAGUCUCGUUCCCAUCCAUCUUUGACACUCAUUAAAGCCCCUGCUGAUAGGUAAUAUGACCUGAAAUAGUAGGUUGGUUUGUCAUUGUGGUAGCAAGUCAGAAUCUUACUUUAUGAGUAGGACUUGGGUGUUCAUUCUUGGACUAUGCAUUAAUGGGGAGACAUGUUUUUUCCUGCUACCGGUGGUUAUGUGUGUCUGGGGGCAUCUGCAGGACGGAACCCUUUAACACAUCCCCAUGUACUCCUUAAAGGAGUUAUUCCCCUUUAGCUUUCUCAUGUUACUUAAGAGAACAAGGGGAGGGCAAAUGGAGACCAAAUAUCUACACAGCAGUGGAAGAAAUCUUGGUUUUCUAGUCACUAGCUUAUUGUGGAUCCUCUCAGUAAACCUCUCAUUCAGAGCCUGUAGUUUAAUUCCAUAUGACUUGAUACAUUUUGAGCUUAAUCACUAAACUGUUGCGCUAAGGAAAAUGUUCCAAGCCCUUUCAGAAAAACUACGUUUCUUAUGUCUUUCAAAUCCACAGCACAGCUCCCCUGUAGGUUUUUUACACCUUAUUUUUAUCUUUAGAAAUGACCGAUUGCUUCCAAUAGAAAGGAGAUUGGCAAAAGUUUGAGUAAGGGACAACGUACUGUCUCUUCGUUUCAAACAAGCACUGAAAUUUAGGGAAAACUGAAACCUUGCAUACCUGUAGACUCUAUUGAAAACUAACUGAUUUAAAAUAAAUCACAUCCCAAUUCAUUCUACUGUAAUGAUUCAGCAGAAGGAACUGUAUCCAUAACCAUGGCGUCCACUAGGAAGAAAUACGUAAGUCUCCAAAGAGGUGAUUCACACCUUUUCCAUGUUUUGAACUGCCAGUGCUUUGCAAAGCAGGAAAUGUAGCUUUAGUUCUUGCUGUAGUAGCAGCCUGUGUCUGAAGCUUUUUUUGUCGUGGAUGAGGAGAGCAGUGGGAACCUGAAUGUGUGCAAGGGGGGAACACCGGAAGGCGUGUAGACAGUGACUGUACAUACCACUGAGCCGUGCCUCAUCCCAGAACCACCCCUUUGGUCCCAUUAUUUGAGUCAGCACGUUUCGAUAGGAGCUGUUGUUUUGAAAUCUUCCCUCUUGCUUUUUCUUCAUCACCCCUAAUUACUCACUCAAGGAAUUUAAUGCUGCCUGUAAAAGCAUCAGAGCCAUCAGCCUAACAUCAUCGUGCCACCGCCACCACUCCUGACUAUCUCAUUAACUUAUAUGGUCAAAUCUCCAGCUGCCCUGGUUCCCUGCUGUAAAACAAUCCCUCCUCUGUGAGAAGCUGUGGAAUUUCCCUUAUCGAUGGUUCAAAUGGCUCCUGCUUGUAAACCUCUUACUGAGAUGUUCCUUGAUAGCGUUUCUGCUGCAGGCAGGGGCAGGGGGAGGCGACGGGGACAAGGGGUGCUUCACCUCAGGCUGUCAUUUCAAUUCCCAUGGUUUACAGCGUGGCCCACACAUGGCAGGAAAGCGCUGGUUCUUCUGCAGCUUUUACUCAGCCUGUGGCUGCGUUUCCAGAGUUGAAAGUGUCCCAGCCAGAGGCACCGUGCUGUCACGACAGCGCGUGCAGAAUCCAUGCGUCAGCAGCCAGGUGAAUCUCACUGUUUACACAUCUCCCGGCCUCUUCCUUGAGAGGAUUUGUCAAGCCCGGCUGGUUUUCACACUGGCCAUUUGGUCUUUUAUCUCCCAGCCACACACCUGCUGUUCCUCCCAUCUGGAUUGCUGGGCCUUUGCAAUUUUUCUCGUUAACCGCUGUUAUCUUCUAGGCCUUCUAGGCUUUCCCAUCUUAAACAUCAAUCUCAGACCUCAGUAAAGUGCUUUUGGGGAGAGCAGAUCUCAUUUAGGAACAUACUUGAUCCGACUUGAUCUCCAUUGAACUAUUCCAGGUAAUCUCUCUGAUCCUGCGUCAAUAGAGAUCUUGUCAUGGGGAAUAGCUUGAGGAACUAUGUGAUGUGGGAGGUGCUGCUGGCCACGAUUUAAUGCUGAAUGUGACCAGUGAAAUCAUUUUAUUUUUGCUCAUUCGGAGUGCUGCACCGUUGGCCUUAGGGUAACGAAAGGAUUUUGUUACCGUAAUCCAUCACAAAGUUGUAUAUCAGGCACAUGACAGAAGGGCCAUAUGUGCACACAUACUGCAGUGCUCAUCCAGUUGCCUAACCCAUCACUGCUCUUUUAAAAUCUCAUACCCAAGUGUCAGCAGCCAGGCAGAUGCAGACAGUUUCCUAGCACAGCAGUCCUGCAACGCAGCAGCUCUAGGAAAUCAGGGGCCCUUCCCAGGGAGCCUGGGGAAACUUGCUUUUUCUACUCCUGUUGAAUGAAGUUCCAUUUGCUACAGGAGCUGUGAAGGUUUUAAUUGCUUUAAUGUUGUUUUUUUUUUUUUUUUUUUUUUCUUUCAAGCUGUCAUUUGUAGAGAAAUUGAGAAAUGUAAGGACUUAAGGAGCUGUCUGUAGAAAAUUAAAUGAGUCAUUUUAGCUGAGUUUGGGCUAAAAAAUAACUCAAACCUGAAGCCCAUAUACAGUGUAAAAGCUGACACCCCAACCAUGCUUGUUCAUGGUAUCCACGAGUCCAAGUACGUAUUUUCCUCUGAAUCCAGCCUCAUGCAAAACACUAAAAGGACAUUACAACACUAGAAUUGCAGGGUGAGGACAUGAGCACUGUUUGCAGUUGGAAGAAGAAUUGCCUGGCGUGCUCCCAAAUGAAGCUCUAAGCUUCUAGUAUUCUCUCAUUUUGACUGCCUUUAACCAGCUUUCCCUCUGGAAAAUGCCAAACCCUCUUUGGAGUAUCUGAUUUUUGCCAAGUCCGAAGGACGGAAGGUGAAGGUCUGACAUGAUGCACGAAACUGUGUGUGCCAUUUCUGGUUGCACAGCUGGAAUAUCCCUUCUCUAGCAAAUUUUCUGGUACUUUGGGGCUCUCGGUAUUUUGCACAAGGGAGCAUUAAUGUCAUAAAUCUUGUAGACAUGACCCUGUUUUGUGAACCAAAGGGGCACCUCUUUUCAUUUGCCCUGUAAUUCCCACUCAUUCUGCUGCUAGUGCUCAAUUUGUUGGGAAAUUUCUACAUCUGAUAAAGGUUGACAGGGUUGAGUCCCCACUCCUGUACUAAUUGCCAAUCGCUGAAGGGGUCUUUGCAAAGUAUGUAGAGAGUCACGCACUGCUACCAUUUUAAAGCAAAAAUUUCAUGAUGUAACGCCUGUAUUCCUCAAAUGACUGCGAUGAAAUGCAAAAGGGAAACAGUACAAGCAAGGCACCUGAUAUUUAAAGGAAGCGUCGGCUCAGCUCGAUGCCUGCACUGAAAGAGGGAACCGGUGAGGACGCGGAAGGCUGCGGAUAACUAACACUGCCCCAGCGAAGCCGGCAGGGUGGGAGGGUCGGGCACGGGGCGUCGCGGGGCAUCGCGCCUGGUAAGGCCACUCUGCCAACCCGUCCUGUCAGUGUGGCGAGGAAAAGGAGUGUCGGGGGGGGGGGUUUUAACCUAAAUAAUAUUUUUAAUUGUUUUUUCCACAUAAAUGGAAGGAACCUUACGCAACCGCAGGCAGAUCCUUCUGAACAAAAUGGCUGUGUCCGCUGACUAUUUUUAAAAAAAAAAAAAAAAAAAAAAAAAAAAAAGAAAAACUGUUUCAAAACUUUUUAGUGUCAAAAGCUUAAACACAGAAAUCCUGACUUUUUCCAGUGUGUGUGGUGAGUGCUGUAAACCUGUCAUCAGUAUCUCUCCUGACUUUUUCAGGGGUGUUUUUUCCUGUUUUGUUUUCUGCUUGUCGAUAUUGUCUGUGUGGUCCUAAGGCUGGGGCAGUUACCAACAAUGUGUGUCUGUUGUCGGAUUAAAAAAAGAUAGUAGUAGAACUGAAAAAGAUGUGUUUUAAAAAAUAUAUAAAAAUAAAUUUCAUCAAAAGGAAUUCAAGUAAAGAAACAACAAAGCCAUGACUCCUCCUCUCGGGAUUGUACGGAAAAGGAUUUGUGGGCUUAUAAUUAUAACCAGUUGCCUUUCACAGGCUUUUGAGGUCCAAGGCAGCUUGGCCUCUUAGGAAAUGUUACAAACCCUGUAUAAAUUCCUGCUUUCCCAGGUUUGUACUAUACACAUGUAGUACAGAAAUGGGCAGAAUGAAACAGUAUUUUGGAAAUCAAUCUUCUGGUAAUGGUUAUCAACACCAGGUGUCCCUUAAGGUAGGAACCGCUGAUAUAAACGGGCCAAAUGCUUUGGCCAAAUUUUCCCUGUCUUCUCAGUUGCACUCGUCGAUACCAGGGACCCGUGCAAGCGCAGAUCACCUGGCGUGUCCAUUAUCAGAGUUGCAUUUUUUUGUGUCCAGCAUCGGUCACAGAGCCGCAGCGCGUUAUGGUACAGGCGGGGACUAGCAGCCGCCUUCUGCUGCGGUUCCAUCAAAGACUUGCACUGCUUGAAAGGAACAAUGUGAGUUUAAACUGGCACAUUACUCUAAACAAAAAGACCCACGCAAAUCGCUUUACCUAUGAGACUAGGUAAAGAAUUUCAUUAAAUGAUUUCUUUUUUUAAUAUCAGACUUACUGUAUGCUGUUUGUCCGCAUUUUGCACUUCUAGUUUGGAUCUUGAAAAUCAAGUGAAUCAGUUUUGGUUUUAAAUAGAUGUUUCCACUUUAGGUUCUCAGUGCUUUGGUGGGGCUUUUUGCUCAAAACACUGUUUUUCCAUUUGGAAACUGGCAAAAAUAGCUCUAUCAGUCACGUGUACUCUUAUUUGUUACAAAAUGUGGUUAUCUAAAAGCCAAAUUUGACACCAGAUUUUACGAGUUCCUUUAAUCUACCAAAUCUUCCCAGCUCUCCGUGGACAUGGCCAAGUCUCUGUCCUCCCUGCCUGCCCAGGGGCAGCCGCAUUUGGCCCUCACUGACACGCUCGUAACAGUAUAUCUGGGGAGGCUUUAGUGGCAGAUGCCUUCAUCUGAUCAGAUGCUGAAGGAGGACGAAUCAAAUGGGACCAUGAACAGGGGAAUAAUUUCUGUGCUAGCCCAACAUGCUGCUCCAAGCCCACUAAAACAGUAUAUUGCCGUUUCCCUCCAAGUCAGUAAAUGAGGAGAGCCACACACCAGGUUCACAAAUCAUUUAUGGGGUUAAAAAAAUAAAAUCUGUGGGAUGCUCCAUCCACUCCAGACACAGAUCCCUCGUUUGCUUUGGAAGAGACGUGUUGCACUUUAGCGGAGGGGGAGACAGGCUUUGGGGAUGGGAUCUAGUGUACUUGAAUUCCUUUUUGAAAUAACAGCGGCGGGAGACAUUGAUGUCUGUGAUGCAAGUGCGCACGCUGCCUUCAACUUGUAUGUGUUUUAUUGCUGGAGUCAUGUUACUGACAGGAUAAUGAAAUUGCAAAGAAAAUGUGUUAUAUUCAACUUUGCCUUGAUAAUAUAAACACUUUGUUCAUUUUUUUUUUUUUCUUCUUUUUUUAUUCACAGACUAAGUUCAUCGGGAAAUUAUAAAAUUAUUUAAAAA